AUGAACGCAAAUGCUAUAGGAAAUAGACAAAUAGUGAGUUCGCUUCAACUAGCCAAUGAAGAACGGAUAAAGUGGUUUAAUCCAAAAAAUAUCGGUUGGAUGGUACCAGUUUUGAAAGUUGAUAGUUUUAACAGAUGGCAUUUUCAAUGCAAUGGAAUAUUAAUUCAUCCAAAAGCUGUAGUAACAACUGAUGAAUGUGUACCUUACCAAAAACAUGGAAAUCCUUAUGCGGUGUCCACGUACAUUUGGGCGAAUGAUAAUAGAUCAGCCUAUAUAAGUCCAAAUUAUAUGAACAAACCAACUGCUUAUUUGGAAAGAAGUAAUUUUACAGUUGCAUCCUUUAGAUACGGUAACAACAAAGUAACAUAUGUGAAUACAAGAUUGCCUGUUGUUAUGAUUUUUUGGCAUCCUAUAAAUUCUUUUGAACCUCUUAACAUUUCUACCUCAUUAGAAUUCUACGAUAUUUUUCGAAAUAGACGUGAAAAACAGUGUAUUAAUGUUGUACUAAAUGGAAACUCAAAAAAUGAUGAUUCAGAUUUGAGUUCUGAGAAUUUCGAUCUUCAAUUGUUACCCAAAGAAAUUAUGAAACGCACAGAAUUCGCAGAUAGAAUAAAUAUGAGUUUGUCUGGAUACUAUAGACAAUAUUCAAAUGCAAAAUACACAUAUUUACAUAAAACUUUUCCCAUUUUCGUCACUCAUCUAGAUGAAGAUUUUGAUAGAAAGGCCAAAAAAUAUUCAAUUGGAUCUCCUAUCUUAUGUCAAUUCGUAAAUGAAAAUGGAAAUUUUAAAGUAGCCGGUAUGUUUACGGACAUGAGUCUUGGAUCCAAUCAAUACGUUAAUUUAAAAGAUUUCGAUAUGAUCGGAACACUAUUGGACUUCUUAGAUUAAUCAAGAUUAUUGUUGACUUUUGAUUCAGCAGAAAAUUGAAAAAAAAAAAUUAUUUAAUUCAUUGAUUUUAAAUUGUCAACAUACGAAAAAACUUUUUAAAAAUAAACGUCAUACUUUCCAAUAAUACUAGAAGGAUUUUACGCGCUGA